UUUGAACUCCCGACCUGAAGUGAUCCACCUACCUCUGCCUCCCAAAGUAUUGGGAUUACAGGUAUGAGCCACCGAGCCUGGCCUAAAAGCCAUUCAUUUCUCAUCAAACUUCUGUUGAGGUGGCAAUUGUCAAAGAGGACGGAGUAAAAUUUCAGAGGAGAAUCAUUGGAAAAUACCUAUAUCUUUACUUGAGAAUGAAAAUCUAAAUGGAACUUCAAAGAACUUUUUUGUUUUUAGUUUUUAAAAAUGUCCCCCCCCAAAAAAAAGAGAGAAGAUAAUCAAUUUGAUACCUGGGAAGCCAAGCAGACUUUACAUAGAAUAUUUUUUUCCUUUUCCUUUUUUUUUUUACCAGGAGAAGCUGGUCUUUCAGGAUCAGAGUUUUUUUUUUUUUUUUUUUUUUAAUGCAACCAUACAAAUGGUCAGGAUUCUUCCCAAUAUCUUAGUCAAUAAUAAUAUACCCUCUUUAAAUUAUGAAAUGAUUUCAAUUUGAUAUGAUGAGCUUAUGUUGGAUUUUAUUAAACAUAUCUUGGUGGUUUAGUAAAUAUCUUUAAUAUUUAAUUUUAUGAUGUGCGAUAACUCAGAAAAUGUGAAUGUUGGAGAGAAUGAAGACAUUUACUUGCUAAGGUGUGUAUCCUUUGUGUUCAGAGUAGCCUAUAAUUUAACUAGAUGUUAUUUCUUUCUCUCCAAAGAAGGUACCAAGACACAAUAAGUUAAUUAAGACUUUUUAAAAACAAUAGACUAAGAAACAAAUGUGAGAUGAAACUAUGAAUUUUGAGGCAUCAGAUAGAAAUGGAUCAAGACAUUGAGAGCUGUAACCUCCAAACAUGAAAGUUUGUUUGAAAAUGUCUGCAAGUAUUUGUGUUAUUUAAUGAUCUUACACUUUGCUUGCUUCAACAAGAAGUUAAAAAGUACUACUAAACAAAUAGAAUUUAACUCCAGUUUACAGAAUUCGUCUAUAAUACCUCUGUUAAUACAUCCAUAAUACCUUAAACUUAUCCACUUUCAUUCAAUAGUCUUCCAGUUUGACAAAGUCAAUACAGGGCAUGUAGUGUAUAUUACACAAUACUCCUUCUAAGCCUAGGACACUGCCCUAUAAUUGUAUACUGGAAUACAAAGUAUAAAUAAAUAUUAAUACUAAGCAGGUAAAUGAAGAAUAUGCAUAUCUUUAUAUUAGUUAAAGUGAUGUUUCAAUGCUUAAUUAAGUUCAAGUUAGACAGAUUUUACCACCAAAAUACAUUAAAAUAAAUUUUAAGAUUUCAAAAAAAGAAUUUAUCUACUUUGUGAAUGCAAACAUAACUGUGGAUUAUUUUGAUAGAUCAAAGCAGAAUUUCCUUGAAAGUGUUUCCCAUAUUCUGGAGCAAUGCCACCAGAAAGCAUAAAUAGGUUACUUAGGAGCCUCCCACAAAACUGUUAAGCUUUCUUAGUGUUAGCUCUGGGUUCUCCUCCUGGUUCCGCCAGCUACUCUCCAGGACCUGAAAUAAUUUACAAAGCAAGACUGUUUCUUGGCAGUUCUUUAUUCCAGAGUAUGUCAUUUUUUUUUUUAUUCUGCAAAUGUGUGAAAGGAACUUUCUUUUAUUUCUGCUAGUAACGGGUAGCCUCGGAACCAUCAAUAAUUUAGUUUUACUCUAUCAACAUCAAUGGAGAAAUGAGUGCCUCUAAGGAUCCUCUCAGGAUAGUCCUGCAUUUAGCUCAGAUACUGUCUAGAGAUCCUUUUUUUCUCAAUUACACUAGAAUAGGGUAGGAUGAAGAUUUGAAUUGCAUGCUAAGAUGAAGACUUGAAUUGCAUAAUGAAAAGAAUCAGCCAAUCCAUUAUCCACUUUCUUAUGAAUUCACAGCCCAGUAGGAUCUCUGCAGAUUUCUGCCUUCUGUAGAAAAUGGGUUGCUUCUAUAGCUGAUUGUUAUAGCCAAGACCAACAAUUAUUUCUUUCUUUUCUCAUAAGACUGGGAGUGAGAAUAUUUGGAUUUCUACAACAUUCCGCUACUAUAUAAUCAUGAGCAAGGCAAUUCUCUCUCAUUUUUUUAAAUGGUCAAAAUAAAGGUGUUAUACCAUCUCUAAGGUUCUAUAAAAUCAAAAAUGUAUUAGAAUAUGUCUAUAUCUUUUACAACAAUUUUGACUUUCUGAAUCUUGCAUGAUGGUGUCUAGGAUAUAUGUGUUCAAUUCAUAUUGAAUUAAUUAAAAUUUAUAUACACUGAUGUAAAUAUUUUCUACAUAAAAUCUUUCAUACGUAUUUAAACAAAGUUUACCUUUUUGCCUUCAAUAGCUGAUUUUCCUAUGUGCAAUAACGUGUUAGUCAGUGCCCAAAAGAGUCACUUGAAAGUUGCAAGGCAAAGCAGAGUUUUUAAAAAAUUAUCUAAGAUUAUCAAACAUCUGUCCAUAAACACUGUUACAGUAAUUCAGCGUCUUAAAAUGGAUUUUUAAAUUAUCAGGGAUAUCUAGAGUGAAGAAACUUAACAGGGAAAUUUUGAAAGAUGAAAUUUUCUAUGAAAUCAGUGUAUUGUGCAUCAAUCUGGUGCAGUAACUUAGUAAGGACUCAGAGCGCCGCUGUUCACCAACCAGGGAAAAAUGGUGCGAGAGAUCCCACAGAAACCACCGAGUUUUACAGCACUGAGAAACGACAGAUUGCGGUAGGCCCUCUCCCAGGCUGCACUAAACUCAAGCCUCUAUCCUGCGGAUUCUGAGCUCCCUUUCCGAAGACAGAGGGGGCCACCAGGACACACUCGCACGCAUUCAGAAGCACUUCCCGAGACGGGCGUCUAAGCAAAAGGAGCAGGAAGACUAUGGCGGCUCAGCCGUGGGGCGGGGACUGCAGAGGAUUCGUUCUGCUCUCCAUCCUCCUGGGGACCCUGUGGGAAGCCUGGGCAGGACGUAUUCUCUACUCAGUGUCGGAGGAGACUGACAAAGGGUCCUUUGUGGGUGACAUCGCCAAGGACCUGGGGCUGGAGCCCCGGGAGCUUGCGGAGCGCGGAGUCCGCAUCGUCUCCAAAGGUAAGACGCAGCUUUUCGCCCUGAACCCGCGCAGCGGUAGCUUGGUCACUGCGGGCAGGAUAGACCGGGAGGAGCUCUGCGCUCAGAGCCCGCGAUGUCUGGUGAACUUUAACAUCCUGAUGGAAGAUAAAAUGAAUCUUUACCCUAUAGACGUGGAAAUAAUAGAUAUUAAUGACAACGUUCCAAGAUUCUUGACGGAAGAAAUAAAUGUAAAAAUAAUGGAGACUGCAGCUCCUGGGGUUCGAUUUCCGUUAAGUGAGGCUGGGGAUCCAGAUGUGGGCACGAACUCCCUCCAGAGCUACCAGCUCAGCCCCAAUCGCCACUUCUCCCUGGCUGUGCAAAGUGGAGACGACGGAACUAAGUACCCGGAACUGGUACUGGAGCAAUUGCUGGACCGGGAGGAAGAGAGGAUUCACCACCUGGUCCUCACAGCCUCUGACGGCGGCGACCCGCCCCUAUCCAGCACCGCCCGCAUCCAGGUAACAGUGGUGGAUGUCAAUGACCACGCGCCUGUCUUCUCUCUGCCUCAGUACCAAGUAACUGUCCCCGAGAAUGUGCCAGUGGGCACAAGACUGCUCACAAUACAUGCUAUCGACCUGGACGAGGGAGUCAAUGGGGAAGUGACAUAUUCCUUUAGGAAAAUAACCCCUAAACUUCUACAGAUGUUCCAUCUAAACUCACUUACUGGAGAAUUAUCAACUUUAGAAGGAUUCGAUUAUGAAGAAACUGCCUUCUAUGAAAUGGAAGUUCAGGCUCAAGAUGGUCCUGGUAGUCUGACAAAGGCGAAAGUACUGAUCACAGUUUUAGACAUGAAUGAUAAUGCUCCAGAAGUGACUGUGACUUCUUUAAGUAGCUCAAUCCCUGAAGACACACCUCUUGGGACAGUAAUUGCUCUUUUCUACCUGCAAGACAGAGAUUCUGGAAAGAAUGGUGAGGUGACCUGCACCAUUCCAGAAAAUCUACCUUUUAAAUUAGAAAAUUCAAUAGAUAAUUAUUAUAGAUUGGUCACAACCAAAAACUUGGACCGGGAAACACUUUCUAUGUAUAAUGUCACACUGAAAGCCACAGAUGGUGGGACUCCUCCCCUGUCAAGGGAAACUCACAUCUCCGUGCAGGUGGCAGACACCAAUGACAACCCACCCACCUUCCCUCACUCCUCCUAUUCAGUCUACAUUCCUGAGAACAACCCCAGAGGGGCCUCCAUUUUCUUGGUGACUGCACAGGACCACGACAGUGAGGAGAAUGCCCAGGUCACUUAUUCCUUGGCUGAAGACACCAUCCAGGGGGCACCAGUGUCCUCGUAUGUCUCCAUAAACUCUGACACUGGAGUCCUGUAUGCACUGCAAUCCUUUGACUAUGAGCAGUUGAGAGAACUACAACUGAGAGUGACUGCACGUGACAGCGGGAACCCACCUCUCUGCAGCAACACGUCACUGAACCUUUUCGUGCUGGACCAGAACGACAAUGCGCCCGAGAUCCUGUACCCCGCCCUCCCCACAGAUGGUUCCACUGGCGUGGAGCUGGCGCCCCGCUCCGCAGAGCCCGGCUACCUGGUGACCAAGGUGGUGGCAGUGGACAAAGAUUCAGGCCAGAACGCCUGGCUGUCCUACCGCCUGCUGAAGGCCAGCGAGCCUGGACUCUUCGCGGUGGGGCUGCACACGGGCGAGGUGCGCACGGCGCGGGCCCUGUUGGACAGAGACGCGCUCAAGCAGAGCCUCGUGGUGGCAGUCCAGGACCACGGCCAGCCCCCUCUCUCGGCCACCGUCACGCUCACCGUGGCUGUGGCCGACAGCAUCCCCGAAGUCUUGGCCGACCUGGGCAGCCUUGAGCCCUCCGACGAUCCUUACAACUCUCACCUCACGCUGUACCUGGUGGUUGCGGUGGCUGUGGUCUCCUGCGUCUUCCUGGCCUUCGUCAUCGUGCUUCUGGCGCUCAGGCUGCGGCGCUGGCACAAGUCAAGGCUGCUGCAGGCUUCCGAAGGUGGCUUGGCAAGCAUGCCGGGUUCGCACUUUGUGGGCGUGGACGGGGUGCGGGCUUUCCUGCAGACCUAUUCCCACGAGGUCUCCCUCACUGCUGACUCGGGAAAGAGUCACCUGAUCUUCCCCCAGCCCAACUAUGCGGACACACUCAUCAGCCAGGAGAGCUGUGGGAAAAACGAUUUGCUAACAUCUGUAGAUUUUCAUGAAUGCAAAUACGAAGUGCCAAGUAUUCAGGUGAGCCCAGCCCUUCCUUUAUUUCAGUGAGGAAUUUGUUUGCAUGAUAUUUCUCUAUUAUUUUGCAAAACCAGUGUUUUGAAAAUAGGGAUUUAAAAAGUUUUAUAGAGGUAAAAAUGAGUUUCCCAGUUUCCUUCAGUGGUGAUACUUUAAUGCAGAACGCAUAGGAGAUAGUAUCAUUUCUUUAGUGAAAGCCUAUGGACAAGAUUAUGAAUAAGUGGUCUAUUGCAUUUUAUAAUUUCCACCUACUUUCCAAUCUGUUUUCCAACCUACUUUCUUAAAUGAGAAUGAAUCGAGUCUUUCAUAUUGCACGAGGUUAGCAGGAAUAAAACAGACCUCAGCUGCCUUCUUAGGAUUCUCUUUAGCAUUCAAAAAUAUAACAGGUUCUGAAAUAUUUCUUCCAUGUGAAGACUUUUCUGUGCCUGAUUCUGCCUUCAUGUACCGCAGCUUGGUGGUCCUAAAAAAUCUUAAUUGCUUCUUGACCUAUUUAAAGUAUAAUCAUCUAUUAAUGCGGUGGUAGUGGAAGGUUAGAUUUAUGCGUAAAGA